AUUUCUCAGUACCUCCCUUCUGUCCAUGGUUAUGCUGAUGACACCCAGAUUUACCUCUCCUUCCGACCUUGUUCUAUCCAUUCGGAAAUUAACGCUGUCUGUGUGAUUGAAAAGUGCAUCGCUGAUGUUCGCUCUUGGUUUAUUGGAAAUCUUUUAAUGAUCAAUGGCGCGAAAACUGACUUCCCAAUCAUUAGCACUCGUCAACAACUUGAAAAAACAUCUAUUGAAUCUAUUAUCAUUGGUGACACCGUCAUUAAACCCUUAGAAAGCGUCCGGAACCUUGGGUCCUGGUUCAAUGCUCAUAUGCGAAUGGAUGUUCACAUAGGCAAGAUUUGUAGCAAGGCGUUUCGCGGGCUA